AUGCCCCCGCCCUCUGGCGCGUUCGAGGACGACGCCCAGGUCUCGUUCGCCGAACUCGUCGCGGGACUGGACCAUGAGGUCUGGGACGACGGCGCGUACGCGUUGGACCCCGGGGUGUUUGACAUUGUCCGGACGGAGGCGGCGACGGCGCGCGAGGCGCCGCGGGGGACGAAAAAGGGCGGCACGACGUCCAGGGGUGGCUCACGGCGAGGGGCGAGCGGGACGACGUCCAGGGGUGGAUCGCGGAAAGGGACGAGCGGGACGACGUCCAGGGGUGGAUCGCGGAGAGGGGCGUCGGGGGCGGCCGGGACGGGCGGGAGCGAGGAGCGGACGACGUGCGAGGUCGACGGCUGCGCCGAACCGAGGAGCGAGCACCGGGGGGCGGGUUUGUGCGACAAGCACAGACACGCGGACUUUUUCGUGAUCGAGGGGCAGAACUAUGGGAGACCGAUGCGGUGGUGUUUCUACUGUCAUCGCGCGCACGAUCGAGGGGCGUUCAGCGCGGCGAGUCGGUCCAUAUGUACGGAGAAGUUUAUGCUCCGCCAGGGACGCAGGAAGGAACAAAAGUUUCAGACGACGACGACGACGACGACGACGACGACGAUCAAUAGCGGCGGGCGGACGAGAGACAGCGCGGGCGGUGGGUCGGCGCCGGCGCGGAUGGCCGAUACGGGACGGACGAGGAGCACCGAUAGUGAAGGAAACGCCUCCGUGGUCGAUCAGCAGAGGCGAUCAAUUCGCGACGGCAAGGCCGCGCUCGAGGCUCUGCGUUGGCGCGAUCCCAACGUCGUUCCCACCGGAUACGAUACCAAGUUUUGGGUCGCUCAUCCAAGAGAACUUCAGGAGCGCACUGACAUGUGGGACCUCGUGCGCAGGAUCAACGCACAGGACGAACCAGUGGGCAUGUACGGAACCAUCGUCCGUGGGUGCGUUCGAUUCACAGUCAGAGGAUGGGAGAGUGUUGAUAAUUCGUCUGCUUCGACGAGCGCGAACGAGCCUUUGGAGCGUCGAUUGGGGCGCGAGUUUGUUGACGUUCCCGAGAACUCGCUCGAGAUUUUGCAAAAACCCAUCACUGUGUGCGAGAUGAAGUCGACGAGCCCUAGACGAGUUGACUUGAAUAACGGCCAAGUUGUCAACGCACGCGAGUGCGGGUCAAUGAUCGGAGUGGACGUUAUCUUCGCAAGUGCUCGCGACGAAUUGAUCGUCGCGACUGACGAGAACGUAGACGUCAUCGUUCGAUUUUUCUCCGAGUACGUCGAUCGCGAGGUGAUUUCACCGGUCUCUUCGUCCUCGGUUUCGAUCGAUCCCUUGGUGGACUACGACAGGUGUAGUGCCCUGAGUGAUCACGUGCUGUCGAUACAGGCUGGUGGCUACGGGAUUGCGUAUCAGCACGUAGCAGUCAUCCAAGAUGCAGAAAUCGCAAAGGAGCUCGCAGAGCUAGAUGCCUCGGUCGAGGAUGCCGAACUUCGCGAGCAUCUUCGUGCGUUCUCGUUCGAUUACGUCUGGCUAUCUAAUCGUGUUGAUAGUAUGAUGCUCUACGGGGACAAAGAUGUCGAGCGAGCUUUGCGCAUCGUGGACACCGCUCGCGACGUUUUCCAAGCUUGGGGGCGCUCGCCUCGGGCGAUGCAGAGAAUGGAGACGCUUCGAAGCGAGCUCGAGGCGAUGAAAUGUUUGGCGCCCGUGAUUAACGACUCCACCUCAGUGGCGACGUGUAGAACUACUAGAAAUCAUCAGCUUGCCGCGCGCAGCGCUUCAGUGCGCCGUCUCAAGACGAAGUCUUACUGA